CGAACUAUUCGCAACUUCGUCGCGAACUCAGUCGCCGCCUGAGAGCAACAACUACAAAGCGGCGGCAGUGGCAGUGGCAGUUGUUGCUGCAACAUCGGCGCUGCCCCUCGGCGGCCCUCAGUUUUCCACAGCCAUCGCCACAUCCACAUCCACAUCCACAGCCACGUCGUCGUGGGCCUUCGUCGUCGUCGUGUGUUAAGUUUGUUUUGAGUUUUUCCGUAUCAAAAUGUGCAAAACGAUUUCAGUCUAAUUCAGACGCUCGUGCUGAGAAGACUUUUGGCCCUGUUUGUUGGCCAACAUAGAGCCAUAUCACACUGCAACGGAACUGAAAGCACCACACAUUGAACACGACGACGAGAACCGAAACGAACUGAACAGAACUGAGCUGAAAGAACGAAAGGCGGGCUAAUUGCCAAAUGGCCACGUAGUGCGCGUAGUAACGUAACGAAAACGUAACACACACACUGACACCCACACACACACAGAGACAGCGCACACAGAUACUCACAUGUACAUGCCCACUCUCAGUUAAAGCGUCGUAAUUGUCGCGGUUUUCAUUCAAACACUUUCAAAAACGCUAUGUGAAGAGCGGUCGCGUGACGUAACGUAGCGUUUAACGACCGAUCGUAACGGUGAUCAACGAUCAGCGAUCAGCUGUAGCAAAACAAAAUGGCGUCGGCGCAGGCGGAAACGAAGGUUGGAAUGGCGCCCGAACAGGGAGCAGAGACGCAGAGGCAGCGCAAGGGCUCGGGAUCGGGAGCUGGUUCGCCGAAGAGCAGCCGGAGUUCGCCCACCCAGCAGGAGGAGAAGCAGCGCACGAAGAGCGAGGAUCGCACCUCACCCACUGGCGGUGGCUCAAAGGACGAGGACAAGGAGGGUCAAGGUCAUGCGGCCGUAGGAGGAGGAGGCUCCUCGCCGGUGAGUUCGCCCCAAGGACGCAGCUCCUCGGUGGCCAGUCCCAGCUCCACGUCCCAGCAGUUCUGCCUGCGAUGGAACAACUACCAGACGAAUCUCACGACCAUCUUCGAUCAGCUGCUCCAGAACGAGUGCUUCGUGGACGUGACCUUGGCCUGCGACGGUCGCUCCAUGAAAGCCCACAAGAUGGUCCUCUCAGCCUGCUCUCCCUACUUCCAAACCCUGCUGGCCGAGACACCCUGCCAGCAUCCCAUUGUGAUCAUGCGGGACGUGAACUGGUCGGAUCUGAAGGCCAUCGUGGAGUUUAUGUACCGCGGCGAGAUCAAUGUGAGCCAGGAUCAGAUUGGCCCGCUGCUCAGGAUAGCCGAGAUGCUGAAAGUGCGCGGCCUGGCGGAUGUGACUCACAUGGAGGCGGCCACGGCAGCGGCUGCGGCGGCCUCCGAAAGGAUGCCCUCCUCCUCCCCCAAAGAGGGUGGCACUUCCACUUCCAGGACUGAUAACGAGCGCGAGGCGGAGGAGCUCCUGGCCUUCAUGCAGCCGGAGAAGAAGCUGCGCACGGACUGGGAUCCCGCUGAGUUGAGACUCUCGCCGCUGGAGCGCCAGCAGGGCAGGAACGUGAGGAAACGGCGGUGGCCCUCGGCGGACACGAUCUUCAAUCCACCCGCACCACCCAGUCCGCUGAGCAGCCUGAUAGCCGCCGAGCGGAUGGAGCUGGAGCAGAAGGAGAGGGAGCGGCAGCGGGACUGUUCGCUGAUGACUCCGCCACCCAAGCCACCACUGAGCAGUGGUUCGGGGGCGGGGGGAGCCUCAAGACGCCUGGAGACCGCCAUCCACGCCCUGGACAUGCCCUCGCCGGCCGCCACGCCAGGACCUCUCUCCCGAUCCUCGCGACCCCACUCGCAGAGUCCCCAGCAGCAGCAACAACAGGGACAGCACCCCCUUCCGCUGCCACUGCACCCACACCACCACGCACCGCCCGCCCCACAUCCCGCCCAGACCUCGGGAUCCUCCCACCAUCCGCAUCCACCAUCGCCCGCUGGAGACUCCCGCUUUCCCCUGGGUCCAGCCGCUGCCAUGGCCGCCGCCAUGGAACUGAGUGGUUUGGGACCUGGACCACCCGCCGAACCACGCUUACCACCCCCACCGCCGCACCACCAUGGCGCCGGAGUGGGCGGAGGGGGCUUGGGCGGUGGAGCAGGGGGAGCGGGCGGAGGAUCGUCGCUGGCCGAUGACAUGGAGAUCAAGCCCGGCAUCGCUGAAAUGAUCCGAGAGGAAGAAAGGGCCAAAAUGAUGGAGAACUCACACGCCUGGAUGGGGGCCACCGGAUCCACGUUGGCAGCAGACAGCUACCAGUACCAGCUGCAGUCGAUGUGGCAAAAGUGCUGGAACACCAACCAGAACCUGAUGCACCACAUGCGCUUCCGCGAGCGGGGUCCCCUGAAGUCCUGGCGCCCCGAAACCAUGGCCGAGGCCAUCUUCAGUGUGCUGAAGGAGGGGCUCUCGCUGUCGCAGGCCGCCCGCAAGUACGACAUCCCGUACCCCACCUUCGUGCUCUACGCCAACCGGGUGCACAACAUGCUGGGACCCUCCAUCGACGGCGGGCCGGACCUGCGGCCCAAGGGGCGCGGCAGACCGCAGAGGAUCCUCCUGGGCAUCUGGCCCGACGAGCACAUCAAGGGCGUCAUUAAGACGGUGGUUUUCCGCGACACCAAGGACAUCAAGGACGACAGCCUGGCGACUCACAUGCCGCCCUACGGUCGGCAUUCGCCCGCGUUUCCCUUGCAGGACCUUCCCCUGAGCUACCCCGGCGCAAGUGGCGCCCUGGCAGGAGCGCCCAGCUCGCUGGCCUGUCCGAACGGCAGCGGUCCGCAGGCCGGGGUGGGCGGAGUGGCUGGUGAGCAGCACAUGUCGCAGGAAACUGCCGCUGCGGUGGCCGCAGUGGCCCACAACAUCCGACAGCAGAUGCAAAUGGCAGCGGCCGUGCAGCAUCAGCACGGGGAGGCGGGACCACCGCCCGUUCCGCCCGGCUUGUUCAACCUGCCGCCCCAUCCCGGAGUGGGUGGCGGCGUGGGGGUGCCAGGAGCGGGCGGAGGCAGGGCCAGCAUCUCGCCGGCCUUGAGCAGCGGCUCGGGGCCCAGGCAUGCACCCUCGCCAUGCGGUCCCGCUGGCCUCCUGCCGAAUCUGCCGCCCAGCAUGGCCGUUGCCCUGCACCACCAGCAGCAGCAGCAGGCGGCGCACCACCAGCAGCAGCAGCAGCAGGCGGCGCACCACCACCUGCAGCAGCUCCACCUGCAGCAGCAGCAGGCCCACUUGCACCACCACCAGCAGCAACAGCAACAGCACCAUCAAGGCGGCCACCAGGUGCCCCACAAGUCCGGUUUCGGCGCCAGCUCCAGUUCCUCGGCCUCCUCCUCCUCGCUGGGCCAGCUCCACCCCAAUCCCAAGGCCAAGGGCAGUCCCCUGCGCAGCGAGACUCCGCGGCUCCACUCCCCGCUCGGUGAUCUGGGCCUGGACAUGGCCGGCUACAAGCGGGAGUUCUCGCCCAGCCGACUCUUCGCCGAGGAUCUGGCCGAGCUGGUGGGCGCCAGUGUCUCCUCCUCCUCCUCCUCAGCGGCAGCGGGCGCAGCGCCUCCGGAGAGAUCGGCCGGAGGGUCUUCAGCAGCCGCGGCCACAGAUGCGGCCGCUUCCUCGAGCAGUGGGGGCAUCAAAGUGGAACCCAUCACCACCACUAGCGAGUAAAAGGGGAUGAAAUGAGGAGAGUUAUGAGAGAAGGUUAUGAAGUGAUGAUGGCUUAACUAAGAUCAGAAGCUCCUGCAGCUUUACUUGACCCAUGUGCACCUAUACCUUGGUUAAAUCACUAAAUAAAAAAUCCACAUUUUAAUUUAAGUGUCGAUCAGAUAAUCCUAUUAAGCAAUACAUCCUUAAAAUGUACAAAAGGUUAUUUUAUUCCACAAAAAAUCAACUUUAUUCGAAGGAAUGUAAAUAAACUAGCUUUAAAAGUUAAAUACAUUUUAAAGGUUUCCCCCGAGAAUCCUGGUUUUUCACUUUCCAAAAAUCCUAAAACCGAUAUUCAAACGAAUUUAAAUGUAAGCUUUAAUCGUUACUUUUGUUUAGUAUUUAAAGAUGUACAUUAUCUCCGUGGUUAACCAAGGUAUACGUGUCCAUCGGCCAGUCUUACUCUAGUUUCCUCCACGCGAUCUUCGCCACCUAGUUUCUAUUCCUAGCGUACUUAUUGAAUCAAAAUUGAAAGUAUUAUUAUGUUAUAGUCCAUCAGUCUAACUAAAUAAAUAGCGAUCGAUCUCUUUAGUUGUAAGUUACAGCUGAGGUGGAAGGAGAACCCCGGAACAUUCCACAAUCCAACCGAAACAGAUAUGAAACUUCAAUUAAACCGAAAUAGAAACGGAAACCAGCCCCAGCAGCAUAAUAUUAAUUACAUGUAAAACAAAUCAAAAGAGUUUAAGCGGACUUAACUUGGUAAUUGUGUGCCCGACUUUGGUUUAGACUAUAAUUUACAAGAAGCGAGAAUGAAAAAUGUACAAAAUUACUAAAAAAGAAGAGAAACCGAAGCACUUGGCUUCAAACGCAAGUGGAAUCAACUAAAUUUAAUGUUUAGGCUUAACGAUAAAAAAGAAAUUCACAAAAAAUGCCUUUCGGAAUUAAAUUCAGCGAUGAACACACCGCAAACAAAAUUUGUAAAAAGAAUGAAACAAGUAACAAAACAAGUGAACUUUUUUAAACGUAUUUAUACAAGCGAAAUUUUUAGACAAAAUUUAGAAGCGAAAUUUUUUAUAGCGACUGCUGCUGCGAUCCGGUCGAGCCUUUGGCCCCUGAUUUGAGACUAUUGGAUACCCGACACAAGCCCCGAGAACUAACCCUCUGACCCCACUAGAUCCCCUUCUAAAGUGCCUUUUCUAGCCUUAAUUUGGACUCUGCUCCACUUCUGUCCCGGCGAAAGGCGAGGCCAGGGACUCGCAGCAGAACUCGUGGGUUUAUUUGGCAAGUCUGGCGACAUUACGAUGGGAUGGAAUAUCGAGAGGACGUACUAUACAGCUUUGGUUUAACCCCUUUAGGCGUACUUUCGGCAGCGUUUCGUUUGGCAAGCACACAAUUGAUUAAUCGGACAGAGUUAAUUACGAUAGCGGAUAAACACAACUAUUUUUGCAGACGCAAGAACAUCUACCAUAGCCAUAGCCCGUAUAUAAACACGAUAUAUAAGUAUCUAUGUAAUCCCCGGUCCCCCCAUAGACUUUGAUGUUCCACACGUAUCGAAACUUAACGAAUUACUUUCGGAAUAGGAUGUAAUAUAAACAAUGGCAAGAGUUAGCGGUUAGAAUCUCCUGGAUAUUGUGUAUCUUUGUACGAUCUGGACCAGCGCGUCCCAGUC